GCACACAGUUACUCGAGUAAUCAUGAGGUCACUAGCUCAAACGCAGACGCAAGCAGCGUGCUCGACUUCCGGACGCAGCUCCGGACCGAUGAGGAGCCUGGCGCGUUUGGUCACCAAGCGGCACCAGUGGAUGACGCACCAUCGUACAGCUGCCGCAGCCACCGACGUGGCCGCGCCCGCGCCCGGCGCCGCAGCCGCCCACCACGACGACCGCGCCCCCCUCCCAGCGCCCGCCUCGCUCCAGCUGGGCGCGCCCCUGCGCAGCCAGUUCCCCAUCCUUGACCAGACGGUCAACGGCCAUCCCCUGGUCUACCUGGACAACGCCGCCACCAGCCAGAAGCCGCACGCCGUGCUGCGCGCGCUGUCGGACUGCUACCAGGAGUACAACGCCAAUGUGCACCGCGGCGUGCACGCGCUGUCGGCGCGCGCCACGCAGGAGUACGAGGACGCGCGGGCCAAGGUGGCGGCGCUGAUCGGCGCGCGCAACAGCCGCGAAGUGGUGAUCACGCGCAACGCUACGGAGGCGAUCAACCUGGUGGCCAACACCUGGGGGCUGCAGAACAUCAAGCCCGGAGACGAGAUCAUCCUGUCUGUGGCCGAGCACCACGCCAACCUGGUGCCCUGGCAGCUGCUGGCGGCGCGCACCGGCGCCGUGCUGCGCCACGUGCGCCUCACGCCCGACCGCACGCAGCUGGACAUGAACCACUUCCGCACCCUGUUGUCGCCGCGCACCCGCCUCAUCUCGCUGGUGCACGUGUCCAACGUGCUGGGCUGCGUGCUGGACGCCGCCUACGUGGCGGAGCAGGCGCGGGCCGUGGGCGCUCGCCUGCUGCUCGACUGCUGCCAGUCCGUGCCGCACUCCAGCCUGGACGUGACCACCCUGGGCGCAGACUGGAUCGUGGCCUCCAGCCACAAGUUCUGCGGCCCCUCCGGCGUGGGCUUCCUGUGGGGCUCCUACGAGCUGCUGGAGGAGAUGGGGCCGUGGAUGGGCGGCGGCGAGAUGAUCCAGGAUGUGUUCCUGGACCACAGCACGUACGCGCCGCCGCCGGCGCGGUUCGAGGCGGGCACGCCCGCCAUCGCGGAGACCAUCGGCAUGGGCGCGGCGGCGGAGUGGCUGCGGGAGCUGGGCAUGGGCCGCGUGCACGACUACGAGCAGGAGAUUGGCACCUACCUGUGGGAGCGCCUCACCUCGCUAUCGCCGCGCAUCACAGCCUACGGCCCGGCGCCCGGCGACCCGCGCUCGGGCGGCCGCGGGCGGGCGAGCCUGGUGGCUUUCAAUGUGGAGGGUCUGCACGCCACCGACGUGUCCACACUGCUGGACCACGCGGGCGUGGCGGUGCGCAGCGGCCACCACUGCGCACAGCCCCUGCAUCGGGAGCUGGGUGUGCCCGCCAGCGCGCGCGCCUCGGCCUACAUCUACAACACGGCGGCGGAGGUGGAUGCCUUCGUGGCCGCACUCAAGGACACCAUCCAGUUCUUUGACGACGUGCACGGCGCAUAACGGCGGGCGGGAUGGGUGGAUGCGUGCCGGGGCCCAGUGCCGGUGCCCCGUGGUGCUGGCGUCAGGGGAGCUGCAGCAGCGGGGCCUGGGUGAUGAGGUUGGGGAGGGGCGGAGGAGUGGAUGAGCAGGGAUGCAGGCAUGCUGAUGAGCAGGGCGCUGCGCCAUUAGGUCCGCACAUCACUGGAGUGUGCGGAGGCACGCGGAGCAUGUGCAUGCAGCGCGCCCGUACACGGGUCAGGCGUAGAGCAUGGAGAGGAAGUAAUGAAUGAGAGUGUGGGGGUGCGGCAACCAUGGGGUGCAGGAGUGGAUUGCAGGAGCGGUGGAUUGCAGCUAGCGUUUGGGCGCGGGCUGCGCGGUGGGGCAUGCAGUGGCGCAAGUUUGAGGUGGUGUCGUCGAUGUCCGGUGCAUUGCCGGCUGGAGAACAGGAGCGUGUGCAUGACGGCAUUGAUUGAUGGGGCGGUGGGCAUUGGGGCAUUUCCCUGGAUACGGGUGGUCUUCUGACUCGUCUGAUGUUGGGAUCUGGGCCACGUUGUGCAUGCCUGAGUGAUCCAGUGUAAAGCAGCAUGGAC